AUGAAUAUGGUUCAAUUCAGCUCAAGUGCCUCAGAUGAGAGUACAUUUGAUCUAUCUAUGCGGUCAACACCUCCGGAAAGAAGCCUGUUGAGUGGCACUGCGCAAUCAGAUGCCACCAUAGAGACUCGUUUUACAAGCCUUUCGGAUCUUAUCUCCCUCGAGGAGUCGUCCUCACCACAAGACAGGCAGCGAAUACUGCCAGAUAUCCUCAAUCCUGCCAGCGCCGCGGGAAUUCCUGUGAGGAAUGUUUGUUUCGUGGGAGCUGGGUAUGUAGGGGUUCCAACUGCUGCAGUCAUUGCUUUGAAAAAUCCAUCAUUGCGCGUGACAGUCAUAGACCGCGACGAGAGGCGCAUACGAAGGUGGAAUUCUACACAUUUACCACUUAGCGAGCCAGGCUUGAAUGAGCUCGUUCGAAUCACAAGAGAUGGCUGUAAGUUUUCUUGGUCCCACAAGGAGAAGCCGAAGGCGGUCACAGCAUCCUUCGAACAGGACGUUGAAGAACAGGCUAUAAGGACCCCCAACCUAAAUUUUUCCACGGAAACCGCGAAAUGGAUUGCGACUGCAGAUAUGAUAUUUAUCUGUGUUAACACUGGAACAAAGACCUCGGGUGUGGGAGCCGGUUCUGCCACCGACAUGACUGCAUUCGAAGGCGUAGUACGAGAAAUUGCAGCCAACUCAAAGACAGGAGCCAUACUGGUCGAGAAGAGUACAGUGCCAUGCAGGACUGCAAAGUUUGUCCAAGACAUUCUCGAGAAUCUCAGGCCACGGGCGAGGAUGCAAGUGCUCUCCAACCCUGAAUUCCUUGCGGAGGGCACGGCUGUCGCAAAUCUUCUUCAUCCAGAUCGAGUAAUCAUCGGGUCUGCCCAUACUGUUGAAGGCCAUCGAGCUGCUGCCGCCUUGGCCAAACUAUACACAUCAUUUGUUGAUCCAUCGCGUAUCCUGGGUACUCAUGUAUGGUCGUCUGAGCUUGCAAAGUUAGCUGCAAACGCCAUGCUAGCACAGCGCAUUUCCAGCAUCAAUUCUAUUAGUGCAAUAUGCGAACAGACUGGUGCCGACGUCCACGAAGUAGCAAAAGCGAUGGGCAUGGAUCCACGGAUCGGAAGUCAGUUCCUCAAAGCAGGUCUAGGCUUUGGCGGAAGCUGUUUCAGGAAAGAUAUCGGUAGUCUAGUCUAUCUGGCUCGUAGUCUGCAUCUGGACGAUAUUGCUGACUACUGGGAGAGUGUGACGAAGAUCAACAUGCUCCAGCGCACACGUUUCUCUAAGAUGGUUGUUCAGCGUCUCAACGGCACGCUCGUGGGUAAGAAAAUUACACUCUUAGGAUUUGCUUUCAAGAAGAACACCGACGAUACUCGUGAGAGUUUAGCCGUCGACAUCAUCAGCAAACUUCUCGAAGAACGCCCCGCCGAAAUCGCAGUAUUCGACCCUAUAUGUCUCCCGGAGAACAUACAGCGCGAGAUCAAUACGCUUGGCCCUCAGUACAAUAACACAGACAAGGUCAAGAUCUAUACCGAUCCCUAUCAGGCAUCUAUGUCCGCAUCCGCAAUCUUGAUUAUCACUGAUUGGGACUUUUUCAAGAAUUCACCUUCAAAGCGCCCUGCUUCGUGUUCAUCGUCUCCCACGACAAAGCCAGUCGAUCAACUCGGUCUGAACCUCUCCCCUGAGCAGUUUUUUCCUCAGCCCUCGUGCCCGGAUGACUGCCCGGACUGCAAGAUCUCUUAUCAGGGGUACGGAGUCGGUUCGGACGACAGGAUCGAGUGGGCAAGGAUAAGCUACCACAUGAAAAGGCCGCGACUGCUCUUCGAUGGUAGAGACGUAGUCGACCCAGCAGAGAUGGGGGCUUUGGGCGUCAGGGUCAUCGGCUUGGGGAGGACUGAAACUGGUUAUGGUGGUGGAAUGAAUAUGGGCAUGAGUACUGGUUUUGGGUACUAA